UGAAUAUAUGGUACUUUUUCGUAUCGUAGUAACGGCCAAGCUGCGAUGUCUUUCCGCGAGAUCAGGUUAUUUACUGAAAUGAUGCGUUCCUUGGGAUAUCCGCGCGUCAUAUCCUUGGAGAAUUUUCGAACUCCGAAUUUCCCUUUGGUUGCAGAGAUCCUAAGAUGGUUGGUUUGUCGGUAUGACUCCUAUGCUGAAUUACCGUCACGCCUUGACUCGGAACAAGAUCGCGUUUUGUUUAUUAAAACAGCAAUACACUUGAUUUUCACUAAGGCAUGCAUAAAACUGAACAGCAAAAGACUCUACCAGGCAGAUGGAUUUGCUGUAAGGGAGCUAAUAAAAAUAACUAGGAUGUUAUAUGAAGCAACGCAAAAUAGCGAUUCCGACUCUAAAGAUGAACAAAAUUGCCUCAAUGUAACAGAAAUCUUUGAUUUCCGUAAGGUUAAACAGCUUCAAGAGGCUAGAAAUUUAUGUAGUCAACUUGCAUCAUCUGGCGCUUCAUUAAAUUCACUAUUGAAUAAAGAAGUAGAUAUUAAAGAAUUACGUGGGACUUCUUUAAGACGUCAAAUAGAUCGAGAAUAUGUUGAGGAAUCUAUUAAAACCGCUAAAAAUGCUAUCAAUGGUCAAAUUGACAAAAUUCAAUCAUCACUUGUCAAUAUCACCGCUGAUGAAACCAAUUUAGAUAUGAAAAUUGAAAAGAAACGCAGUGAAUUAGAACGUAAUCGUAAACGUUUAUCUACAUUACAAUCUGUAAGACCUGUAUAUAUGGAAGAGUAUGAACAAUUAGAAGAGGAAUUAUCUUCACUUUAUACCACUUACUUGACAAAAUUUCGUAAUCUUACAUUCUUAGAAAGCCAAUAUGAGUAUCUUCUGGAUAAUAUUAAUCAAAAUAAUGAGGAUACAGAAAUUACUCUUAAAAAUAUAGCUGAUCAAGUGAAAACAUAUUCGUUUAGAGAUGAAGAAAAUCAGAGGACUGCUUCGUAUGGUGGAGAUGAAAAUACUUUUAAGAAUCAAUUAAAUUUAAAAACUAAUGCUGGAGAAUAUAGUCGUUUUUGUGCUGAGGUUGAUAACGAUACAAGUGAUAACGAUGAUAUUGAUGAUGAUGAUAAUGAUGAUUCAAUCAAUGAUCAAUAUAAUCAAACUGAAAAUGCUGAAGAUAUCGUUGAGAAUGAUAAUUCACUUUAUCAAAGUAGUAAUGGAAAUACUAGAAAACGUAGAUUUUCAAGAAAUCAACUCAAACCUGAAUGGUCUCCUGGUCGUCAGCAUAUUCCAGGUACCAGUUAUCAUGGUAGAACUCAAAGUUCGAACAACAGUGAUGAUUUUCAAGUAAAUGAAGGAAGCUAUCGGUCUACAAACAUGGAUGAAUCACUGUUAACAAAACGGUCACAGAAAUAUUUUGUUUGAUUCAACAGGAUAAUUAUCCAACAGCAAGUGCUGAGAAUGAAAAGCAAACAUAUUUGAAGCAUGCACUUCAAUCUGAGGAGAAUGAACAUGAUGAUUUUUAAGUGAAUUAUUAACAUGCUAGUGAUUUAUUUAUUUCUACAAAAUGUAUAAUAAAAAGUUAUUGUAAAAAGAAGCAUUAUUUAUUCUUCUGUGAAGUCAUUCUAAUUGAAUAACAUUACUGAUGGAAGUAUAAAAU